AUGUCAAAAUUUUCGGCACUGAAAGGUCGAAUCUUCGGUCUGCCCUCCAAGGUUGCUGGUGCUGAAAAGCAAAGCGGACAAUACUUACGUCUAUUACUCUCAAGUGAUCCAGAACCGCUCGAUUAUGUUCUUCUUGUGGUUGGAUUCAUCACCUCGAUCGCUUCUGGGGUUCCAUUUCCCCUACUGGGUAUCUUGUUUGGCCAACUGGUAGACGACCUCAAUUCAACAUCUUGUAGCACUUCCUCGACUAGUUCAGCGUCACUUACAGAUGGCGUUGUGACCAAAGUGUUAGAUGUCAUUUACGUGACAAUCGCGAAUUUCUGUUUGAUCUAUAUUCAUACUGGAUGUUGGAGUCUUCUCGGUGAGCGUCUUGUUAGACGCCUGCGAAUGAGAUACCUAGAUGUUCUUCUACGUCAAGAAGUCGCAUUUUUCGAUACAUUGCCAUCCGGUGAAGUAGCUUCCCGCCUCGAUGUCGAUCUUCAAACCAUUCAAACAGGAACUUCUGAAAAGGUCGGAAUCUUCAUUGCUAGUAUCUCCUACUUCGUCGCUUCAUAUGUCGUUUCCUUCAUCAAGAGCGCGAAGCUGGCAGGUAUGCUCAUCUCUUUGGUGCCAGCCUAUCUUUUGAUGGCAUUGGUGGGAGGACACUUCACUCAAAAGUAUGCAAGCCGAAUGUCAGAUCAUGUAGCAGCAGCGACAGCUAUUGCUUCAGCAGGACUGUCAAAUAUGUCUUUGGUUCAAGCUAUGGGUGCCAGUUCCCGCUUGGAAGCUGUGUACGCUCGUCACAUUGGUUCAGCACAAAGAGAGGGAAUCAAGAAAGCUAUUGUCGCAUCCGUGCAACUUGGUUGUUUGUACUUCAUUGCUUACUCUGCCAAUGCUCUCGCUUUCUGGCAAGGAAGUAGAGAAAUUGCUGCCUCUGUUGACAGCGGAUCUGGAACCACAGUAGGAGCUGUGUAUACCGUCAUCUUCCUCCUUGUUGAUUCAUCUUUCAUUGUCAGUCAAAUCGCUCCUUUCAUGCAAAUAUUUGCUGCAGCUAGUAGCGCAUUCAUCAAGUUGGUCGCGACGAUCAAUAAACCAUCCUUGAUCGAUGGAACAACCACAACGGAAGGCCAAACCUUCACUACAAUCCCAGGAGAUCUAGAAUUCAAGGAUGUGGAUUUUGCAUAUCCAUCGCGACCUGAAGUGGUGGUUCUUAAGUCAUUUAGCUUGAGAAUCCCAACCAACAAACACACCGCGCUCGUCGGUCUCUCUGGUAGCGGAAAAUCCACUGUCGCAGCUUUAGUUCAACGUCUUUACGACCCUAUUCGCGGUGAUGUUUUCAUUGGUGAACAUAACAUGAAAACCAUCAAUGUCAAGUGUGCAAGAAGUUUCAUUGGAACAGUCGCUCAAAAUUCGACACUUCUUGAUCGAUCAAUUCUCGAAAACAUCGCCUACGGUUUAGUCAAUUCACCACUUCCAGAGCAUAUUGAGCUCAGAAAGACGCUAUUAGAUUCAAGCUUACCAGAUCUUGCUCACGCCAUCCGUGAGGGUGCCAAUCCUGAAGAGGCUCUCGCCGCUAGCUCAACCAACGUUCAAACAAUUGUCAGACUUGUGCGAGAUGCAGCGAUGGAAGCUGACGCUCUUGGGUUCAUUGAUCGAUUGCAAUAUGGUAUGUCUACAGAAGCUGGUCCCGGAGGUAAUCGACUUAGUGGUGGUCAAAAACAACGUGUUGCAUUAGCCCGUGCUAUCGUUCGCCGCCCAUCUAUUUUACUCCUCGACGAAGCUACUGCAUCUCUAGAUUCAGCCAGUGAGCAUUUAAUUCAAAUGGCUUUGGAACGAGUUAGUGAAGGAAGAACCACCAUCUCUAUUGCCCACAGACUUUCAACAAUCAAGAACGCCGAUAAUAUUGUGGUCAUGAGUCAGGGUGAAAUCCUUGAGCAGGGCACAUAUACUGAUCUACUUGCUCGAGAUGGCGCUUUUGCAAACCUAGUCCGACUCCAGACACUUGCCUCUUCUGAUGAACCUAUAUCUGAGAUUCAAACUGAGGAUGCCAAUGAGGAUGAAGAAUAUCUGCAAGAAAAGAUUGAUAAUAAUGAAUUCGCAAAGGUCAAAUCAUUGGACAAUACCGGAAAAUCUACGCCAGUUGCUGAUAAUAGCGAUUCUGGCGAAACGAUCGCUCCCAAGAAUGAUAAGACUGCAACCAAAGGCCGAUCAUUCCUCUCUACGUUCUUUGGUAUUAUGUCGAUGGCUAGACCUCAUUUACUAUUUGUUUUCUUAGGUAUUGCCGGUGCUGUUGUAGUUGGUGGCUCAUAUUCCGGAGAAGCUGUACUUUUCGGUCAUACAGUCAGCAGUUUAAGUCCCUGUCUCAGCGCAGCUAGCAUCCGUAGUAACGGAAGUUUGUACGGAUUGUUGUUCUUCGUUUUGGCUUUGGCUGAAUUCUUCGCCAACGUCAUCAGCGCAUCUUCCUUCGGUCGUGUAUCUGAGAAGCUCCUUUAUCGUGUCCGUGUUUUGGCGCUCAAGUCUCUUUUCGCACAAGACAUUCAAUGGCAUGAAUCGGAGAAUAGGAGCCCUGGUACACUGAUUUCGUAUAUCAGCGCUGAUGCAAAUGCAUUGAGUGGUAUUACUGGAACCCUUCUCGGAGUUAUGCUGUCGAUCAUCGUUUCAAUGGUCUCUGGAAUCAUUCUUGCACACGUCGUCGCGUGGAGAAUCGCUGUUGUAUUACUUGCCACCAUCCCCGUCCUACUUUCAUCUGGUUUCUUGAGAUUGAAAAUUCUCGCAAGAUUCCACGAAAGACACGCAAAGGCUUUCUCUAAUUCCGUCGCUAUUGCUACUGAGGCUGUUUCGGCCAUUAAGACAGUUGCAAUCUUUUCACUUGAAGAAGAAACUGUCCAGGUUUUCAACAGAUCGCUGAAAGCUCCUUAUACUGCAACGCUAAAGACAAUUGCAUACGGAAAUUUCUGGCUCGCCAUGGCUUACAGUAUGAGUAACUUCGUUUACGCACUAGCAUAUUGGUGGGGAGCUCGAAAUGUUGCAGAAGGACGUUACAAUCAACAACAGUUCUUCACGGUCCUACCUGCUCUCCUCUUCAGUGCUCAACUAUGUGGACAGAUGUUCUCCCUCGCUCCUGAUAUUUCUAAAGCCGGCGUAUCCGCCGCACGAGUUCUUGAUUUGAUAGAUAUCGGUCCUGAGAACCUCCUCGAAUCUAAGAAUAGCCGAGCAACAAAUGAUCCAGAAGCAUCUCAAGGAAUGAUCGAGAAACAACCAAUCAGAUCAGGUGGUCUCGCCGUACGCUUCAACAAUGUUCGUUUCUCCUACCCCGCUCGUCCAGAUAUCGAAGUCCUCAAAGGUCUCACCAUAAACAUUACUCCCGGUACAUUCUGUGCCCUUGUCGGUCGUUCUGGAGCCGGAAAAUCAACCAUCAUUGCCCUCCUUGAACGUUUCUACUCUCCAGCAUCCGGCAGUGUCGAAAUUGACGGUCAAGACAUUUCCAAGAUUGACGGCGUCGCAUUCCGCGAUGAUAUUGCACUCGUUCCCCAGGAAAGUGUGCUAUUUGAUGGCACCGUCCGCUUUAAUCUCGAACUUGGCGCUCGUGUCGGACAUACCCCAACUAUGGAAGAGAUCGAAUCUGCAUGCAAAUUGGCAAACAUUCACGAUACCAUUAUCUCUCUUCCCGAGGGAUACGAAACCCCUUGUGGUUCCAAUGGUGGCCAAUUUUCAGGCGGUCAAUUACAACGUCUCUCCAUUGCUCGUGCAUUACUCCGAAAGCCACGCUUACUACUUCUUGAUGAAUCGACUUCGGCUCUUGAUGCCGAGUCUGAGAAGUUGUUUGAGGAGGCUCUGGAGAAGACAGCAAAGGGUGUUACUGUCAUCGCUAUCGCGCACAGAUUGAGAACCAUCAAGAAGGCGUCGACGAUUUUCGCAAUUGAUGGCGGUAUUUGCGUGGACCAAGGAAGCCACGACGAAUUGGUGACUCGAAAUGAGGAGUAUAGAGCCAACGCUGCCUUCCAGACGUUAACCCGUCGAGCUCACCAUCUACAAAUAAGGAAGGUUGACGCUUUGAAGUACCCCGGAUCUAACUGUUUUGAUCAUCACAACACCAAGAAUAUCAAGAUAUUAAACAUGGUCACUGCUUCGUACGCCUUCUUUGAGGCCCUUGUUGAGGCGGGGGUAACUCAUUGCUUCGUUAACUUAGGAUCGGAUCAUCCUUCUAUUUUAGAAGCUUUGAUUACGCUUAAAAGGGAGAACAAGGGUCCAGAAGUCAUAACAUGUCCAAACGAAAUGGUAGCCCUCUCUAUGGCCGAUGGAUAUGCCCGUCUAACUGGCAAACCUCAAUGUGUAAUCGUACACGUCGACGUGGGAACCCAAGGAUUGGGAGCUGCGGUUCACAAUGCCUCAUGCGGACGGGCACCCGUUCUUAUAUUUGCCGGUCUAUCCCCCUACACAAUUGAAGGAGAAAUGCGCGGAUCGCGAACAGAAUAUAUCCAUUGGAUACAAGAUGUACCCAACCAGGCUGAGAUCGUCAGACAGUAUUGUCGAUAUUCAAUGGAGAUUAAGACGGGGAAGAAUAUUAAACAAAUGGUUAACAGGGCUCUUCAAUGGGCUACUAGUGCUCCUGCUGGACCAGUCUAUUUGUAUUCAGCAAGAGAAGUCAUGGAAGAGGAAAUUGAUGAUUAUGAUCUGGUUCAGGAACAUUGGAAUGCAGUGGAGCCAGCUGCACUUUCUGAGAGUUCAGUUGCUACGAUUUCUGAAGCAUUGGUCAAUGCAAAGGAGCCAUUGAUCAUUACUGGCUAUAGUGGUCGAAAUCAUAAGGCAGUAGGAGCUCUUGUUGAAUUGGCGGAUACAGUUAAAGGUCUUCGUGUUUUGGAUACUGGUGGAAGUGAUAUGUGCUUUCCAGCUGAUCAUCGUGCUUGGCUGGGAUUGAGAUAUGGCAGUGACAAGGCCAUUGAAACCGCCGACGUCAUUGUUGUCAUUGACUGCGAUGUACCCUGGGUUAACACUUUGUGUCAUCCUUCAAAAUCAGCCAAGAUAUUCCAUAUCGAUGUUGACCCACUCAAACAACAAAUGCCAGUAUUUUAUCUUGCCGCACUUUCUCGUUACAGAGCGGAUAGUUACACAUCCAUAAGCCAACUCAUAAAAUACAUAAAAAAUGCUAGUGACUUCGCCAACACACUCUCCUCCUCGCCAUACACGGAGCGAUGGGAGGCUCUCGCUACAGAUCACACCAAACGUCUUGAGACUAUCAACGCCGCUUCGUCAAAAGUCUUUGAAGAUGAUUCCUUCGGCACCGGUUACCUCUGUCAACAACUACGCAAGAUCGUACCUGCUGACACAAUCUUCGCUAUCGAAGCUGUAACAAAUACCGUAUUCGUAGCAGACAAUAUUCAAGCUACUCUCCCCGGUUCUUGGAUUAACUGUGGAGGAGGAGGAUUAGGAUGGUCUGGUGGUGGAGCUUUAGGUAUUAAAUUAGCAUCUGAGAUUGAGAAUGGGAAAGGAAAGGGGAAGUUUGUCGUCCAGAUUGUUGGAGAUGGGACAUUUUUAUUCUCGGUUCCAGGAAGUGUUUAUUGGAUUUGUCAAAGAUAUGGUAUUCCAGUUCUAACUAUUGUUUUGAACAACAAGGGUUGGCACGCACCAAAGCGAUCUCUCAUGCUAGUUCAUCCAGAUGGUAUUGGAUCCAAAGCCACUAACGAAGAAUUGAACAUAUCAUUCGCACCACAAGUCCCAGAUUACGCGGGAAUAGCUAGAGCAGCAUCUGGAAACAGCGUAAUGGCCGAAAAGAUUUCGAAAGCUAGUGAGGUCGAGAAGGUCUUACUGAAGGCUGUAGAGUGUGUUAAGGGGGGUACCACCGCGGUGAUCGAUGCGGUUGUUGUGCCUGGUUGUUAG